UUCCGCAGUCGCAAAGGGAUGGCGUCACCAGAGCGGGCCGCCGGUUGUUCGCCGACUCUUCCAGGAGGUGCUAUGUCGCCGCCGCCGCUCUUCAGCUUGCCUGAGGCGCGGCUGCGUUUCACGAACUCAACUCGAGAUGCACUUAAGAACAAAACUAUUAAACCUUUGUUGAGUGCCUUCAGCCAGAUACCUGGAAGUGAAAAUGAAAAAAAGUUUACCCUGGAUCAAGCUUUCAGAGUUGCCUUGGAAGAAGAAAUUAUAAACCAAGCUUCCUGUGAAAAUGUCCUGGCUAUCAUAUCGCUUGUUAUUAAUGGGGUCACAGAAGGUAUCUGCACUGCAUCAACCCCGUUUGUCCUUUUGGGAGAUGUUUUGGAUUGCCUUCCUUUGGAUCAAUGUGAUAAAAUUUUCACCUUUGUGGAAAAGAAUGUAACUACAUGGAAAUCUAACACGUUUUAUUCAGCAGGAAAGAAUUACUUGCUGAGAAUGUGCAAUGACCUCCUGAGACGAUUGUCUAAAUCCCAAAAUACAGUAUUCUGUGGAAGAAUCCAGCUAUUCCUGGCUAGAUUAUUCCCACUUUCAGAAAAAUCAGGGCUGAAUUUGCAAAGUCAAUUUAAUUUGGAAAAUAUCACAGUUUAUAAUACCAGUGAGCAAGAUAGCACACUUGGACAGAAGCAUGUUGAGGAGAGAGAUGAAGGGAUGGAUGUAGAGGAAGGUGAGAUGGGAGAUGAUGAAGCUCCUACAAGCUGUUCCAUUCCAAUAGAUUACAACCUGUAUAGAAAGUUCUGGUCACUUCAAGAUUACUUUCGGAAUCCAGUGCAGUGUUACGAAAAGGUUUCGUGGAAAACGUUUCUGAAGUACUCUGAAGAAGUAUUGGCUGUCUUUAAGAGCUACAAGUUAGAUGACACCCAAGCGUCGAGAAAGAAAUUGGAAGAGCUGAAAGCUGGCGGGGAGCAUGUUUACUUUGCUAAAUUCCUCACAAGUGAGAAGUUAAUGGAUUUACAGCUGAGUGACAGCAACUUCCGCCGACACAUCCUAUUACAGUAUUUAAUAUUAUUUCAGUAUCUAAAGGGACAGGUGAAAUUUAAAAGUUCAAACUACAUUUUGACAGAUGAGCAGUCUCUGUGGAUUGAAGAUACUACAAAAUUAGUUUACCAGCUUCUUUCAGAAAAUCCUCCCGAUGGAGAGCGAUUCUCAAAAAUGGUAGAGCACAUAUUAAACACUGAAGAGAACUGGAAUGCAUGGAAAAACGAAGGUUGCCCAAGUUUUGUGAAGGAAAGACCAAGUGAUCCCAAGCCAAUAAGACUCUUUGUGCGAAAGAGACCUGUUCCUGAAGAUUUCCUGGGGAAAGGACCUAACAGAAAAAUUCUGAUGGGGAAUGAAGAGUUGACUCGACUCUGGAAUUUAUGCCCUGAUAACAUGGAAGCUUGUAAAUCUGAGACCCGAGAAUAUAUGCCAACAUUGGAAGAGUUCUUUGAAGAGGCUAUUGAACAGGCAGAUCCCGAAAACAUGGUUGAUAAAGAGUUUAAGGUUGUGAAUAAUUCUAACUACGGCUGGAGAGCACUACGGCUAUUGGCACGUAGAAGCCCCCACUUCUUCCAGCCAACCAAUCAGCAAUUCAAGAGUUUACCAGAAUACCUCGAAAACAUGGUCAUCAAAUUAGCUAAAGAACUACCUCCUCCUUCCGAAGAAAUUAAAACAGGCGAGGAUGAAGAUGAGGAAGAUAAUGAUGCUUUGUUAAAGGAAAACAAUGAAAGUCCAGAUGCUCAACGGGAUAAACUUGUAACAGGAGAACAAAUAGAGUUGCUUGCUAACAAGCUUGGGGAAUACUGGAAUGUUCUGGCCCCAUAUUUGGAAAUGAAAGACACUGAUAUAAGGCAAAUUGAAUCAGAUAGUGAAGAUGUGAAGAUGAGAGCUAAGCAGCUGCUUGUUACUUGGCAAGACCAAGAAGGGAUCCACGCUACAAUGGAAAAUCUGAUUACUGCAUUGAACAAAGCUGGAUUAAAUGACCUUGCAGAAAGCCUAACAAAUGAUAGCGAAAACAAUAGCUAAAAUAGGUGUUAAACAAGGAAAAAGAAGCUGUUGUUGCUAAGUAACAACCCAACAUUUGAUAGAUCAGUUUAAUUUGGUAAGCAAUAAAACAUUUUAAAGUAACCUUCUGUCUAGAAAUUCCAGGAAUAAAUGAAUUGUUAGAGCUGUUCAAAAGCAGAUAGGAAGGUUACUGACUUUUUCCAUGGAAUGUGGUGAAGGGACAUAGUACACAAAUAGUCCUUACAUAAUUUGAGAUGCCUUAAGUGCUCAAAUUCUAUGAAGAUUGGAGAACUAUUGCUCUUGGUUAGGGAUUCCUCCCCAAUUUACAUGUGGCUAAAAAUGUUGUAAAGUCCUUUAGUGAAAAUUAGGUGCCUGUUCAGUAAAUUUGUGUUAGUAUUAUAGCAAAUGGGAAACCACUGAACAGAACUGUACUGCUGUUACAAAGUGGUCCCAAUAUAAUACUGAUAGAAUGGUAUCUUCCUUGCCCUUGCCCCUAGUUCUGUAUGGAAAUGAUGCACAAGAGAAAGCUGCCUCUAGGUCAUUCUUUGCAAACCUGGUGCCCUUCAGAUGUGUAGACUAAAAUUCUCACUACCUCUUGAGAGCUUUGUUGGCUGGGCUUGAUAAGUGUAAGCCAAAACAGUAGGAGAGCAGCAUGCUGAAUCACUCUGGUUACUUAUUAAGGGCAUGGAAAGACCUUUUUAAUAAUCUUAAUGAAUGAUCUUUCUAUGCUUGUAGUGUUUUAUGCAUGAAAAUAUGACCGUUUGAAGACCUAUUUUAUGUACAGCAAGUGUCGUAAGGUACUUCAUUGUAGUGGAAGUCUCUCCUGUUGAUAGCAGUGUUAUAACUAGAUGUUCAGUUUUGGCUUGGGCUUUUGUAGUGCUGUUUUAGAGUGCUAGGUCCUACAAAGUCUCUGUGGGAUAUAGGAUACAGUAUAGAUGUACCGUGAAGGGCAAUACAUAUAUUUAUGGGUCUGGCUCAUUAAGGUUUGUCAAUUCCUGGUAACUGGCAUUUUGUUAGUUUCUGUUCCAGCUGUAGAUAUUCUGACUUCAGAGCUACUAGGCCUUGUCAUUGCAACAAAAAUUAAAAUAUGCCCAGAAAGGAUCACAAUAUGAAGAGGCUGAUUAGGAUUCCCCUUUAAGCUUACCAAAUUAGUGCUUUAGCAGAUCAUUUUGUCCUGCCUUUUGUGAUGCAGUGUGAAAAGAUGAGCUGAGCUAUGGAAGAACCCCCGGGAUUUAAGCAUGAAAUGUUCUUAUGGGUAAAGUCGAUGCACUUUCCCAGAAAAUGCUUGCUCUUGCCCUGCUGAAGUUGUGAAAUACCACACUUAAUAUGUUCAUAUUACUCUAAGUAUCAUAGCGCCUAUCUGUGCAUAAAUUAUAAAGUGUGCUUUCUUAUAA